GUACACUCACACUUCACACACUCCGCUCAGUCCACAACUCUCGCAGCUCUCGCAGCACUCGCUCCAGCAACGACAAGCAGAUCCCAUCGCUGGAAUUGUGGGAUGCCACUUUCUGUCCACCAAUAAACUCCACUGGAUCCGGAAGAUUGAAACUUUGUGCUUCCGCCGUGGCUAAACGAAAUGGGAUUGCUCUUUUUAAUCAGCUUGAAAGCAUCUUAAAAACCCCCGUGGCCAAAAAGGAAGCAGGACACAUUAACACCGACCGGUCGCUUGUAAACAACACAACAAUCCAUCAUGUGACCAAGAAGAACUCCUAACUCUAGUUCAUCUGAUCUAAAUACAUCCCUGAGAUCAAAAUAACGUCGUCGGCUAAUUAAAGUAAAAUCCAGCACGAGCUACGGAAAUUCACUUCGGAAUUUUCCUUCAAUCCCUGCAGCGCUAGAUCAUUCCCACUAAUCCUACUGACUAACCAAGACCAGUUACAAUAAGAUCAUGUGCAUGUAGCAAAGAUAGCUAGAUUGUUAGCAAAAAGUUAACAGCAUCCACUACCUUCUUUUCUGUUAACUCAAAGGGACAUUCUUGUCAACUUUCAUCUGAUUCUGUUUUUGUGAAUCAUCCUCAGCCACCCAUUUUUGAGCCAUAGAUCACAUGUACUUGAUUGACGCUCAUGCUAAUAUGGUGAUUAGCGAGAGUGGCAAGGAAAAUAUUCUGAUAAAUAACCUGUUUGUUUAUUCAGUGGACACUUUUCAACCAUGUACACUCCAAAGCUAAUAAGAAGUCUACUGAUUUGACCGCAUGCUAGUGAGACUUGGCACCUAAUUAGAGCCAAAUAUCAAAUGUGAGUCUACAUUAGCAUAAUUUCCAAUGCUAAUCAGCGGAUGUCAAGCGCUUAUCUACCUUACUCACAAAUGUCCUGGGCAUAAAGAAUGAUUAAUUAAUUGAUGAGGGAGGCGUUGAUGAUUUGACCGGAAACAUCCCUGUGGUUUGAAGGUCAUUAAGAAUUCCACCAAAUAUAAUAUUUAAAACUGAAUGUGAGUUUAGUUUCUAAUAUGAAUCCCCAACAGCUCAUUUUUUGUCAACUACAACGAGAGCGAUGCUUGGGAGAAACAUCUCCAGCAAUUCCAGAGACUUGAUCCACUUCAACAUGGCUGACUGAUUUGUAGAGCAAAUCCGCUAACUGCCGUCAUGCCUCAUCUCAACAUCACUGCGGUUUUAUCAAACUUGACCAACAGACCAGAAUCAGGGAACCUUUACCGGCCGUUCUCUGUGUUCAGCGUCCUCACCCUCACGUUGUUAGCAAUGCUCGUGGUGGCGACGUUCCUCUGGAACCUUCUCGUGUUGGUGACCAUUUUGCGAGUUCGAACGUUUCACCGUGUCCCCCACAACUUGGUGGCCUCGAUGGCCAUCUCAGAUGUGAUGGUGGCCGGGCUUGUGAUGCCUCUGAGCCUAGUGCGAGAGCUUUAUGGCCACCGUUGGAUCCUCGGGAAAGCUCUUUGCCAGGUUUGGAUUUCUUGCGACGUUUUGUGCUGCACGGCCAGCAUCUGGAACGUGACCGCCAUCGCACUCGACCGCUAUUGGUCCAUCACUCGUCAUCUAGAGUAUACGCUCAAGACCAGGAAACGGAUCUCGAACGUGAUGAUUGGACUCACGUGGCUGCUCUCAUCUGUCAUAUCUCUGUCGCCUCUCUUCGGCUGGGGAGAGACAUAUUCCGAGGAGGAUUUGACGUGCCAAGUGAGCCAGGAACCAUCGUACACGGUAUUCUCCACCUUCGGCGCUUUUUAUCUGCCCCUCUGCGUUGUUCUGUUCGUCUACUGGAAGAUCUACAAGGCCGCCAAGUUUCGCAUCGGAUCGCGCAAGACCAACACCAUCAUGCCGAUGGCGGAGAUUAUCGAGGUGAAGGAGGCAGCGGAACAGCCUCAGAUGGCUUUCAGCGUCCGUCAUACAGCUGUGUCAUUCCAGCCCGAGGGCGAGACGUGGCGCGAGCAGAAGGAACGUCGCGCUGCGCUGAUGGUGGGAAUCCUGAUCGGCGUCUUCGUGCUCUGCUGGAUCCCCUUCUUCCUAGCCGAACUUAUCAUCCCUCUGUGCUCCUGCGACAUCCCGCCAGUCUGGAAGAGCGUCUUCCUCUGGCUCGGAUACUCCAACUCGUUUUUCAACCCCCUCAUCUACACGGCCUUCAACAAGAACUACAAUAACGCCUUCAGGAACCUUUUUAGCAGGCAGCGCUGACAAACCACCAUCCAGCACUAGUCAGAAUCAUGCUAGCUGACCACAUGGGCUCCUUCAGAAAGCUCUACAGCGUUAAUGCAAGCGAACGCCCACCAAUUAGCCUUGUGCUAUCUGACGUAAUGGUCGGAAGAAGAACCACGGCAGGAUCCUCAUUAACAGGCAAACGUAGCCGUACGUCAUGCUAACUGAACAAACACACAUGCCACCAUGUGUCCAUCUUCAUCUACACAAGCACAACGGUGGUUUCUUUCUCCAACUGGAAUGAACUGAAAUCAUUAUCAGAGGUUUUCCGUAUCGCCAAGAACAUUUUUUUUCUUUUUUUUGUAUAUUAAACGAAAUCUCUGGGAACAAAUGAAUUGUAUCUUUAUAGCAUCAGACGCGUAAAUUUUUCAGUCAAUUAUACCACGUGCUUCAUUCUAACCGACAGCGGUUCGAUGCGCUACGUCUAUGUACAUAAAACGUUUUACAAUAUUCCUACUCUACACAGAAACUUCAGGAACCGACUUUCUGACCUAGCUAGCUAAUGACCCAGUAGUGCGUGACAUGCUAACUGACAUUACAAUGCAGUUUUUUGCUACCUAUUACCAUCUGUACAUUUUUGAUAAUGUUGCUGUUUGUUUGCUAAUUUCGAUGAAGCAGCAAAAAAAAAAGGCACCUCGAGAAAAAAAACGUGAGUGACUGUCACGUACAAACAGCUUGUAGCAUGAUGCUAACGAUAAAUGUUGCUAACUGACUUACAGGAAUGUCUUCAGGAACCCAGAUAGCAUGCAAACACCAGGAGGUGGACAUGCUAAUCAGGCUAAUCAGGUUUAUUGUAAUCAUGUGACCCCUUUUUGGUGUGUUAUAAAGUGUAGCAUUUCUACUUUCAGCCAUUAUUUAUUUAUCUUUUUUGUCAUGGUUGCUUUUUUCUUUCUUUUUGUCUUUCUUUUUUUUUUUUUGCUUCACAUUUUUGGAUUCACUUUCUCCUUUUGAGAAUGAGAUGUUUGUUGGACAUAUGUGGGAACAUGUAUUACACUGAGGUACUAAUGGAUGGUAUGAGAUUAGUAUCAGCAGGUCAUGAGUUUAAAUCCCAUAUAUUUCCUCACAGUUCCUCAGAGUUCCUCACAGUUCCUGAAGCUUUCUCAGUCCACUAAACCCUGAAGUCUUCACACUGUCUCACAGAUCUAUGAGUGAGAGAAACAUGUGCCAAAUAUAGAAAUAAAGAGAGAUAA